AUGGAAUGGAAGAAGUGUUAUUUGGAUGUGAUAUUGGUGCCCUUAGGAUUUAUUAUAAGCAUUGGUUACCAUUUCUGGCUGUGGCACACUGUUCGAACUCACCCACACACAACCAUCAUUGGUAUCAAUGCCAGUGGUCGACGGAAUUGGGUUGCUGCCAUGAUGAAGGACAAUGACAAAAAAAACAUCCUGGCUGUGCAAUCUCUUCGGAACACAAUCAUGGGUUCGACCCUAAUGGCCACAACCUCGAUUCUCCUCUGCUCAGGCCUAGCAGCAAUCAUAAGCAGCAGCUACAGUGUUAAGAAGCCACUAGAUGACACAGUCUAUGGGGGUCACGGGGAGUUCAUGGUAGCACUCAAAUAUGUCACUCUUCUCACUAUUUUUCUCUUCUCAUUUUUUUGCCACUCCUUGUCCAUAAGGUUCAUAAACCAAGUGAAUAUCCUAAUCAACACCCCACAGGAUCCCAUGUCCUUGGUAACCCCUCAAUAUGUGAAUGAGAUAUUAGAGAAAGGCUUUAUUCUCAACACCGUUGGAAACAGACUCUUCUAUGCAGCACUUCCUCUGUUGCUUUGGAUCUUUGGCCCCGUGUUGGUGUUCCUUUGUUCUCUCACUAUGGUUCCAGUGCUUUACAACCUUGACUUUGUGGUCAACGGUAUUAAGGGAAAGACGAACGUCAAUCAGAAUAGAGAUUUUGUAUGA